UGUGUUUUAUGUUAUGUGUUGUUAUUUAUUGUGAGUGCUGUGCCUUUUGGAAUUUUGUUUUUUUUUUAUUUGGAGUUUGAUUUUAAUCAUUAAAAAUAAACGAAAAUAAAAAAUGGUCUUAGCGAUGGAACACGAUACACUGACAAGUGCCCGAGCAAAACUCCGUCACUCACGGCGUCUAUCCUCAACCCGAGGUCUAAAACAGGGCAGCGUCGCGAAAAAUAACCCCGAGUCCUCUCAGUCACUUUCAAAGUCAGUUGGUUGCAAACAAGAGUCCAACCCUCGAAUGAUUACAAAGACAAACGAGCCAAGACCGGGGAUCAAUUGGGAAUUGAAUGAGAAAAUAAGUCUCAGUAGCGGAUCGAGCACCGGGAUUGAAAUCCACCCGGACACCAAAAGCGGAAUCGGGUUUGCUGAGCGAGGUAAAGGCUCAUCAUCACCCGGAUUACUUACAUCACAAGACGGCCAUCAAUCCCGGCCCAAGCCACAGAAACUCGGCAAAAGAAUUGAAUCCGUCAAAAAAUCUCUCGAACUGUUCAAUGUCUCCGGGUUCCCCGCGAAGACCUCCCAAAUCCAGCCCUUUCCCUUCGCUGAGCCAAGUAUCAUAAAAAACGACUGCAAAUACGAGAUCGGGGUUCCCGGAGAGUGCACAAUAUCCCGUAAAAAGAGGCAGGAUCGACGGAAAAUUGAAAAGGAGCCUCUCAAUGGAAAAACCCUGUCUGCGAAAGCGAACGUCGACUUAACCGGAACAGUCAGGCGUAGGUGGAUCCCCUCGAAUCACAAAAUCGACGAUUCAAUUGCGAAAAGGCUCGAGCUGAUCCACGAGUUGAACCAGAAAAUAAUCGCCAAUUACGAGAGGUUUCAAGCCAAGUCCAAGAAGUCGUCUGUAAAAAACGAGACCAACAAAAACAGUAUUCGUCGCGAGCUCAGAAAUCGAACUGCUUUGUCGGACUUGAAAGAGAAUUCCCUGAAAAGAAACGGCGAUAUUUACUCCGAGGUCAAGAGGAAGAACAAGUUUGUUGAGACUGCGCUGGUUCAUCGGGAAAAUUCGGUGGAUUCGGGCCUGGGUAAGAAGAGAGAAGCGAUUAAGGUCAAAGUGUUCAAUGAUAGCGCGAGACCAGAGCCCCUUUUCAAGAAAAACGCCCAAGGGAAGAGGGACACGGAGACUGAAAAGGAAAAUGAAGAUGUUGCAGGAAAUGAAUGUCCAAAAACAGAGAAGUCUUUUCUGUCGCCGAAUAUCAAGCUUAAGAUGGCCCAAGUCCUUGAUAAUUUGAAGACUAGGUCCAAGAUGGAUGAUAUUGUUGAUACUGUUGAUGAUAACUUUAGCUUGGCAAAGAAGCCGUUGCAAGUGAUUGAAAGUCGUGAGAAGUUAGACGGCUUUGAGGAUUUUGGAAUAAGAGAUUCUGAAGAAAAAGAAGAUGAAGAAGAAGUGACGACAAAAGUGGUGAUGUUAUCUGAAGAAAGGCAUAACUUUGAUAGCAAAGAAAACAAUUUCAGUGUUGGGGAUAAUAUUACGGAGGUAGAAGUUUGCUGUCAAAUAGAACAAGAUAAAGACGAAUUGAUGGAGACGAGAUCCAAUAAAGAUUGUGAAGAUUCUCAACUUUAUCAACAAGCUAACUUUCUAAAGAAAGAAGCGCUUUGCAGGGCACCUUAUACCUCCACACCCGUCAAGCAAGACGAAUCCAGGAUAAAAUUUGGUCAGAAGUUUAAGGAAGAGUCCACGGAGAUGCUGGAGAAGGAGAUUCUGGACAAUCUGAAUGAGACUAUUGGAAAGUUUGAUGACUUGGAUGAGGGAGCUGAUGAUGACUUUAGCGAAGACUCUAUUCAAGCUAGUACUAAGCAGAGUUCUAAAGAGUUCAAUUCUUCGUGGGAUUCGGGGGUUGGGGUUGAAGUUGGCGCGGGAAACGGCUGGGUCAGAAUUCAUACGGGCAUUGAGAGCAGUCUUGUUUAUUUGACUCUGGAUACUACGGCUAAGGAUGUUUGCAGGGACAUGCUUCUUGGUGAUGAGCUGUCUAUUUAUAUUCAGUACGGAGGCGAAAUAGGACGUCGCAUGGCCCCAGAUGAACGACCACUCGAAUAUCAAGACGAAUUUCUGAAGCUGCUUGGCUACGAGGAAGUUUCACGACGAGCACGUCUUGGAGUAGACCCCGAACUACGUCAUCUCAUCGCUUUUCAUAUAGGACCUACGGAGCCAUCUCAGGACUUAACGGGACACAGCCGUUGCGGGAGCGCUCUUGUGCUAAAGGGUCUAGUUUUUCCACAAUGGAAAAAACGUGUCCUGGCUGUCAUCGGAUCAAGACUUUUUCUCUACCCCGGAUGUCCCGACUCGCGGCCAGAAUGGAUAGAAUUACAAGGCGGAGCUGUUUGUUAUGCCCCAUCACGGCUGGGAAAGCUCGUUUUGCGCGUCACGGGCUACCCGCGGAUCUACAACCAGCAGGCAGUCCAAGAGCAAGACCGAGAUUCUGAGGAAUUCCAACAGACAACCAGCGGGGAGCCCGGACAUCAGCGGCAAGAACUUCACCGCGAGACCCGGCACCUUUACUUGGGCUUCCAGCAUCCCUGGGACAGAGACCUCUGGCGCAGUUGGCUCAAACAGGCGACUCAAUUAAACGGAGGACCCAAAAAGCUGGAUCUCUGCAGAACUGGGCUGGUAAAGAUACCCCACAGCGUAUUAGCAUUCAAUGCGGUUGAGGAAAUUUUACUGGGUCAUAAUCAAUUGGCUAAUCCCGACAAUAAUCUUACCCUCUUAAAAAGAUUCCCGAGUCUUCAAGUAGUGCAACUGGAGUGCAACCAACUGAAAAGUAUCCCGAGGGAGUUGCUCCAACUUGAAGGUCUGACCUCACUAGACCUAUCCGACAAUAAAAUCGAGCAAGUGCCCGCCGAGAUCCACCGACUAGUCAAUUUGAGAGAACUUACUCUCGAUCGUAAUGAAAUCAAAGAGCUGCCGGGUGAAGUGGAAUUACUUAAGGAAUUGAAAAGUAUUUCUAUUGCCGGAAAUAAACUCACUGACGUGCCGUCUUUUCUGAAAAUGAGAGCUCUAACUUUGGAUGUUCUUACAAAAGAUCUCUCGAAAUUUAAGGACGAGAAAAACAACCAAAACCACCUACAUAAGGUUAAUCUGAGGAACAACCAACUCAAGGGAAACAUUAUCCUUGGAAAUUAUGGCAACUUGACUCACUUGGACGUAAGCGAAAAUAGCAUUGAAAAGCUAGACAUAAGUGCCUUGCAAGAAUUACAAAGCGCUAGAUGUGCUCGAAAUUCUCUAACAGAAUUAACCGUAUGUGGACGAAACCUCGUCUCACUUAUCGCAGGACAUAACAGACUGAAAAAGCUGACGAUAGAGCCGACCCCGACAAAUUUGGAGCAUCUGGAUGUCUCAUACAAUUGUCUGGAUGCAUUACCCGAGUGGAUAUCAGACUUACCUGUACUUCGAGCACUGUUUGCGUCACACAAUGAUCUCACUGCCCUACCUGACAGACUGCUAUCUCAGCCCUCGAGACUGGAGGUGCUUCAUCUCCCGCACAAUAGACUCCAAGCUCUUCCACCCCCGAGAAAACCUCUCAAUAUUGUUCAUCUCACGCUCCAAGGCAAUGCGUUGACAGCAUUGCCAACAACUUUCUUUCAAAACACGGAAAGAUUAAAAGUUCUGAAUCUUUCAAACAACCGGCUGACCGAGCUAAUCUACAGCGAAGACACAUCGAAGAAUCGAUCUGUUCAUGCUCUCGAGAAGCUAUAUUUGACGGGAAACUGUCUCACAGACGCAUCACUGGAUGCACUUGCCAAGCUGACGUCUCUUCAUGUUUUGCAUCUGGCAUAUAAUGUUCUGGAUACACUUCCCGAAAGUUGUAUCGCAUCAUGGCCCGAUUUAGAAGAAUUAGUCUUAUCCGGCAACCGUCUGCAGUACCUCCCAGACAACGUUGCUAAUCUCCAGCAUCUGAGAGUCCUGAGAGUUCACUCGAACAGACUUUUGACCUGCCCUACAUUCAACAAAACAACCUCACUAAUGGUCCUAGAUUUGGCGCACAAUCAAUUGGAUCGCGUGAAUUUGGCGACACUUGUGCCGCCCCAACUGCAGUUCCUCGACAUCUCUUGCAAUUCCCGGUUACACGUCGACCCUCGGCAGUUCCAAGUUUACCGGUCUCAGCGUCCUGUUUCGCUGAUUGACGUUUCCGGGCAAAACAGAGCCAGUUUGCCGUCGCAUCCUUCUCAGCAGGAAAUUGUCAGCUCGGAAAAAGGCCCCGAGCAGCCAUGGAGACUUGGAUUCUCCGAAACUGCUGGGACUCGCGAAAAAUUAUACAUCUCGCAAGUUCGAAUGCCCUCAUUUUGCAACACAGAAGGCCUCUUUGGAAUAUUCGACGGCGGUGUGAAUCAAGAAGCGCCGAGUACUCUCCAAGAAAUGAUCCCGCGGGUGCUGCUCGAAGAAAGAACAAUCCGCGAGACCUCAAAAGACUACCUAAAGUACACCCUACUAUCAGCGCACCGUGAACUAAAAGAAAAAGGUCAAAAAUACGGAGUAGACGCGACUUUGCUGCACAUAACAAAGCUUCCAGCCCCCGGAGGGUACCCUAGAAGCGCCCGGAAGUACUGUUUAAAAGUAGCAUCUUCUGGAGAAACAAAGGCAGUGCUGUGCCGCGCUUCCGGGCCGUUUGUUCUUGCCCCAGCCCGGAAGCCGCCUCCGACCAAUCAAUUGGGAAACGCCGCGAUGUUCCCGAUGGUAGUUCCAGACCCGGUUUCCGACGAAGUAAUUCUAGAAGACGACGACGAGUUCGUUUUGAUCGCGAAUCGCAAAUUGUGGGAAGUUCUGACUAUGCAGGAGGCAGUUCGCGAAGUUCGAGCGGAGGCGAGUCCUGUUCUGGCUGCCAAGAGGCUCCAAGAUUUGGCGCAAGCUUACGGAGCGGAAGAUAAUUUAAGCAUAAUUGUCAUCAGACUGACUCCCGGGUCCGGAGAUUUGGAUCAAUUAAUGCGCGAACUGAGACACGCUGUUACCAAAACUAGGAACGGAAAUUUGCCAGAGAGUGGGUGCGCAUGCCCGUGCUGCGUUCCGCCGGUUCCACACAAGUCUCCAGCGCCGUGUUGCUGCCACGGGAACGCCAAUGAAAGUUUUUAUUUAAACGGAGUUCUGAAGAACAUUGUCAAUAGAUCAGCUGGCAACCAAUCAAGGCAAGGUUCCGGAAGGUAUUUCAAGAACACAAGAAGCGAAAAUGCAAGUCCGCCGUUCAGGGACGACCGGAGCUCCCCUAGCGGGCAGUCGGAUCAGACAACUGAUAGUACUUUCAAGUCCAGGCAGAAUUCUGGAAGAGCCUGGGUCGGAAGUACCGCCGCAAGAGCUGCGAAAAGCAGAAACGAAUCCGCGAAAAAGGACAACCUGAACACUGCGGCUUUGAGCGAGGAACAGUUCCGCUGCUGGGAGUAUAUGCUGGAACAGAACACUCAUAUGCUGUUCGACAAGGAACUUGAUACUCUUACUAGGCUCCCUUUGAGGAGAGGCCAGUCCAGGUCUACUCCACAGCUUGCGAAUUUGCCGUUUUUGUCCAAAAGGUUUGGAAGCGCCAGGUCGUUUAAUCCGCCCGUUUCUAGACCGGCUAUGAUUAGGUUCGGGAGUGGUAGGAGGUUCUUGAACGGCGGACCCAAUGCGGCCUAUUUUGGAAGCUUGCAGAGAUUGAUGCCAUACAAUUUGGAGUACGACUUCGCGGUUAUUCAAGAGAGGGGGCUCGAUUCUUUGGAACAAGACGCUUCAAGGAUGCAGCAGUAUUGGGGAGUCGCUACUACUGAGUUGUAAUUUUUUUUUGUAUAGAUUGUAAAGAUUAUUUUUUUAAUGAUUUUUGUAAGUUUUUGUAUAUAUAGAAUAGAUGU